GCGAAGAACCGGCAUUAUCUGGGAUCUAAAAGAAAAAACACUAGGACUACAAUAGAAGCCCAAGAAAGACCAUAUCCAAGGGGGCUAGAGUUUGUUGGUUUUUAACAACUUUUGCCACUCUUUAGGGAACUCUUUGUUUCCAAAGUUUGGCAAGAAAAAUGUCUCACGAUCACGAACAUGUCGGUGAGAAAACCGCCAAGGAGCAGCAGAUCGACGACUGGCUUCCCAUCACUUCCUCCAGGAAUGCGAAAUGGUGGUACUCAGCUUUCCACAACGUCACCGCCAUGGUUGGUGCUGGUGUUCUGAGCCUGCCUUAUGCCAUGUCGGAGUUCGGAUGGGGUCCUGGGAUUGCUGUGCUUGUCCUGUCUUGGGUCAUCACGCUGUACACGCUGUGGCAAAUGGUUGAGAUGCAUGAAAUGGUUCCCGGUAAGCGUUUCGACAGGUACCAUGAGCUAGGUCAGCAUGCUUUUGGUGAGAAACUUGGGCUUUACAUUGUUGUGCCUCAGCAGCUUAUUGUGGAAGUUGGCACAUGCAUUGUGUACAUGGUUACCGGAGGAAAAUCCCUGAAAAAGGUCCACGAAUCGCUUUGUGUUGACUGCAACCCAAUCAGGACCACCUGGUGGAUCAUGAUCUUCGCCUCCAUCCACUUUUUCCUCUCUCACCUGCCAAACUUCAACUCCAUUUCUGGCAUCUCCCUCCUCGCUGCUGUCAUGUCCUUGACUUACUCCACCAUUGCUUGGGUGGCUUCCCUGAAAAAGGGGGUUAUCGAACAAGUCGACUAUACGCCCAGAGGGAAAACCCCAACGAACAACGUUUUCAACUUCUUGAGUGCCUUGGGGGACGUGGCGUUUGCCUAUGCCGGUCACAAUGUGGUUUUGGAAAUCCAAGCAACACUUCCUUCGACGCCUGAGAAACCUUCCAAGGGACCUAUGUGGAGAGGAGUGGUGGUCGCUUACAUAAUUGUCGCCUUGUGCUAUUUCCCAGUCGCUUUGGUCGGAUUCUACAUAUUUGGGAACACUGUUGAGGACAAUAUUCUCAUCGGCCUACAGAAACCUGCAUGGCUUAUUGCUGCCGCUAACCUGUUUGUUGUGGUACAUGUCAUUGGAGGCUACCAGAUAUUUGCAAUGCCAGUUUUUGACAUGCUGGAAACUUAUCUGGUGAAGAAACAGAAUUUCUCACCUUCUGCUGCACUUCGCUUCACCGUUCGCACAUUAUAUGUCGGAGUGACAAUGUUCAUCGGAAUCACCAUCCCUUUCUUUGGCGGCCUACUUGGAUUCUUUGGUGGAUUUGCUUUGGCCCCAACCUCAUAUUAUCUCCCCUGCAUCAUCUGGCUUGCAAUCUAUAAACCCAAAAAAUUCAGCUUAUCUUGGUGGUCAAACUGGUUCUGCAUCAUCAUCGGUGUUCUUUUGACGAUCUUGGCCCCCAUUGGUGCAUUGAGGAACAUCAUUCUCUCGGCCAAGAACUACCGGUUCUACUCGUAAUUUCCUUCUGUCCUUCGGAAUCCGAGUUCGAAAUCUAAAUAUAAGAGAUGAUGAUGAUGAUGAUGAUAUGAUGGUGGUGACAAAUUGCGGUUUAGGUUUCAACUGGCUGGAAAGGAUAUGUUGUUUUACGAAGUCCUUGAAUGGUUUUUUUUUCAGAAGGAAGUUAACGGGAAAAAAAUUAAGGAAAAGGGCAAGAGACAAGAAAGGGAUCAUCUCUUCAAAGGAUUUCAUGUCUUGAUAUGUUGUUUUUUCUGGUAGUCAUGUUCGUGUCGUUUCCGGUAUUCUUCUUGUUAAAUUCAUGAACAAGCCUAACAGUUUUAGGAUUCAAUAAAGAAGCUAGUAAAACUUUUACUUAGCUAACUCAUGUAAAUAUCUUGUAAACCUUUCUGUGAACUUUCGCAUUGUAAUUUCAUCUGGGUGUCUGGCACACUUGGACUUUUGAGUUCCCAAAAUAUAUGUACCCUUUUAUCCUAGCUAAUGCAUUGGUUAUGAUUCUCGGC